AUGAGCGGCCCAGGGCUGCGCCCCCGCCGGCCACGCGUGCUCGCCAAUAGGCGCUCUAGUCACGGCGCCUGCGCGACGAGGCGCGCGCAGCUUAAUGAAUAUUCUGCGCGCGUGCGCGAGGGUGACAUGCGGAAGCGGCGUGGGCUGGCAGCGGCAGCGUGCAGGGGGCGCGAGCGGGCGCCGUCGGGGGGCGGCGGCGGGCGGCAGCGGCUGCGGGGCUUCGAGCGCGCCGCGGUGGUGCGCGCCGCCGACUUCGGCCUGGAGCGCAUGCGCGUGCUCCUGGAGGAGUACGAGCCCCGCAUCUACCGGCGCGGCGCGGUGCUGGGCGCAGGGGCGCCGGCGCGCUACGUGGCAGCGUUCAACGCGCAAGGCGCCCAGGAGCGCAAGCUGGCGCAGUUCGGCUACGCGGCGCUGCAGGCCACCUCCAUGCUGGUGCGCGGCGAUGGCGACCUCGCCGACGAGGAGGAGCUGGAGGAGCGCGGGGGCGGCGCGGGCGGCGCGAAGCGGAAGGGGCGCGGCUGGCGGGAGGCGCAGGUCCCGCGCGUCUCGCUGCGCCACACGGCGCUGGGCCGCCAGUGCCCGUCCGGCCGCGGCUCUUUAAACAACGACUGCUGUGCAUUUGGG